AUGACAGAGAGCUCUUGGCACCCUGGAAACCUCAACCGCCUGACACCAGGGAUGCCAGCUUCACCUCUUGGGUCAGGGAGGUCCGAGGACCCUCCGGGCUGUAACGCUGUUCUCUGCCCUGUGUCCCUUGCAGAUAAGCCGCUGCCACAGGGAGCCCCGGGGGACCUCAUCGGGAUUGUGGGAGGGGUGGUCGCUGCGGUGCUCCUCAUCGGUGUGGCCGUCACGGUGUUCGUCGUCUACAGGCGGCAGCAGAAGAGCCGCUCGGAGACCGACAACGACCUAACUGACCUGCCCCCCUCUCACAAGCCCAUCCCUCCGCCAAAGAGGAAGCUGGAGAUGAAAACCCACCUGACAGCAGAAGACAUCCAGGUCGUGCACCUCGACAACAUGAAGCACGAGGAGGAGAUCCAGAAGCUCCCACUGCAGACGCUGUACUACGACCUGGCAGCCACCGAGCCUUCCCCCUACACCGACAGGCUGACCUUUGGAAAGUGUCACUCAGCAGUACCGGAUGCGCGUGAUCGCUUGACCUGCUGUUACUCACGUCAAGAGCAGCCUUUGGAGAAGAUCUCCCCUGUCUAUAACCCCUUGUCCUACCUCCCAGAAGACCUUUAUCCUUACCAUGCCGAUGUCUCCAUCUGCUGCCCGCCCCCUGGUUCCCGGGCACCGCACAUCUGUCCUAAGGAACAGUAUGUUUAAAGCCACUUCUCUACACGCUCGAGCAAAAGCAAAGCAGCCAACGUUUCACGUCUCCUGCUCUCUCCCACGUCCACCGAGGCAUUCUGGGUUUUUUUCUUCCCAGCCACUGAAAACUUUGACUGCUACUCCCACUUCUCAUUUUGGUGCAACUCUAAGUGACAUGAUUAGAUUACGUAUCCGCCUGGCUCUUAGCGCUCCAAGGGAACGUCCUGCCUUGGUCCCUGUCUCCCUGGCUUUUUCUUUGCAUCUUUGCCCCCCACAUCCCUCCCUAAUUUUGGCCCUAUCACCAAACCGUAGCAAGCUGGCUAUGCACAUGCAUGCGUGGGUGCACCGUUGGCCCUUGCUGGGUGGAACGGGCCCGACCUGCUGAAGUGUCUGUUGGUUCCCUUGUGUCAUUUUUUUCUACUAUCUGUGCAAGAGCAGCUCAGAAGAGGGUUCCUUCAGAAGCCUUUGCUCCGCUGGUCCGAAAAAACCAGUGCAACUCGACUCCCUUACCAAACCGUCUUGAUGCUACAACGGCAUUCCCCAGCCAGUGUCCGUGUCUCGGGCCAGAACUCUGUCCUUUGCAAAGGCCGUUGUGGGGGAGCCCUGUUUCUGAGAGAAAAAGGCAAAGAUUUCCAAAUGGAGCCCAACGAUGGGAAGUUUGUAGUGGGAUAUGCAAAAGCAGAGCAGAAGGGAUGUAUUCUUCUCCACUCCCGACCUCUCGGCUUUGACAAUCUGGAGGGAAAAAGGGUGGAACGUGGAGGAACAAAGACGAUGACGCAUUCAGGGCAAAAUCUUCCUUGAACUUUCUUUCGUGCAACUGGAAACCAAAAGACAAGAAAAAAAAAAAUUGAAAUAAUUCCCUAAUUAGAAAGAAAAAUAAACAGGCCAUAAUUUUCCCUUCCAGAGCCUAAAGCUCCCCUGCAGAUCUCCCCGAUGCAGCUGUUGAUUGGGAUGUUAAAGUGAACUCAGGCAGAAUAUGGAAAACAAAUCAUGAUUUCAGGUAAUCUUCUUGCUCUUAAUGAAGGAUAAAAGCCAACGGAGGACCUGGCCUUUUAACUUGGUUUUUAAGUCAUCUUAGUUUUGGACCGUGGCAUUUUUUUGAUAUGUGGAGUGUGUGCGUGUGUGUGUAUCGGAGUGCAUCCAUUCCUGCAGCCACCAAGUGUUCUAGAUAAGGGGAUUCAUCUCCACGUUGCUUCCUUGCUCACAUGUAUUAGAAACCCAUAUAAAAGAAGAAGAGGAACAGGAUGCCUUGCGAAUGGUUGGUGUCAUGGAUGAUGCUCUCACCAGGUUCAGCCCGGGAGAGGCAAGGACCAGGCAGCUCUGUGUAAGAGGUGAUGUGGCUUUGGUGAAUGGACUCAGUUUCCUUUCUUUUGAUCGGGGUCUUUUUCCAUCCUGCAGAUAUGCAACUUGGCACUGCCGAUUCACAAGGGCCUCUGCAUGUGGGGGCCCCAAUCAUGACGCUGGCGGCUCCUGUAUGCCAAGCCAGCGCCCCACGCUGCUUGUACAGAUGCAUGGGAACCCACCAUGCAGCAUUAAAGAUGCCUCUGGGCGGGGAGAACGGCACCUGCCCGCUGGGCUGGACUGCGUCACUGGCGAUAUGUCUAUCGGGGUCUCAGAAGCAAGCUUGUCCUUCGUGCUUUCUUUGCUCUCGGCCCCAGAGGUGUGUCCCCAGGCUGGCCCUGCUGCCCCUCACUUGCACAAAAGCACAGCUGUGUUCACACUACCUCGUACACUUCCUGCGAGCUAAACACGCGGAGAAAGGGGAAAAGGUUUAUACUUCGUCUGGCAACAAAAGUGCCGCGGGGAACAAGGCUCCCCCACGGCUCUUGCUCGGAGGCCCGGCCAAAACCCAGCCCCUCCCCAUGUUCCUGGGGUGGGGGCCGCGUCCCAGUUUGGGGGAACAACCUGGCCACCCUGGUGAUGACGUCUCUACAGUGGGAAAGGGAUGUCUCUACAGAAGCUGCGUCUGUUGGACCCAAUGGCUCUGCUGCUGCAUUAGCCAGGCCCCCGGCUGUAGGGCAUGGAGGGGGGCAGGGGCAGACCAUGGCACCGACUCAGCGAUGAAACUGCCCCUUUGUCAGCAGGUGCAGGGAGUCCCCUGAUUAUAACCCAGGCCUUCGAGCAUGAAACAUGAGCAAUGAAAAGCCAUCCUCCCGUCCUGGCUGUUUUGGGCCAGCCUGGCCCCAUGGGGGAUCUCAUUGCCUCUCUUGACCUCCUCUGCCCAGAAAAUGGGGCCAUCGGUCUCCUACCCGCAAGAGCUCAAGUGCCACAUAUCUUCCUCUCCACGUGCCAUGCAUUAACGUAUAGCGGCCAGAAAGCCGGGCACUGGGUUCGCUCCCAACCAAAGCCACUGCCAUUGCAGUUCAGUUCCUUGCCACCCGCCCUGGCACGGGGACUGCUCUACCAAUUGGCCUUUAGCGAAGGUGAGGAGGGGCCACAAAACCUCUGGGGGCAUUUGCACCCUGGAGUCCUAGGCAUUGCUACAUGGCUGAUCCUUGAGGACCCUCAAGGCUGGGGGCCUGAGCCAUUUUCCUGCCUGCUUCCUGAGGCAUCUCCAGGCCCACAGGAAUCGCAGCGGGUCUGACGGGAGCUGGCUUCUACCUCCAGACAGGCCAGCGAGGGGCAAAGCACAAGCAGCACGAUCGUGCAUAAGGAUCGUGUCAGACCGACUGGAAGGAGGGGCAGAGGGCACGGGCGAGAUCUCCUGCAGUCCUUGGGGGAGGACACGCAGAGAAAUGACCGUACUGCCUGGCAGGGCAGAGCAUGUCCAGCUGCCUUGAGUGCCUGGAGCGUGAGCUGCCCGGAAGGAGAGCCAGCAAGAUCUUUGCUUCUCAGCAAAGCAAGAGAAGAGGGGAGAAGAGUUUCCAAAUCCGGCCGCCGGAUCCCUCCAGCGCAUGUUUUCAGCUCGGGAGUGCCUGGUCUCUCUCUGCCUUUUCUACCUUCAUUCCUGCUGACAAACUAGAGGUGGCUUUUUCCGUCUGUACUGCAGGAGAAGGUGUCUUGCUAGUUCCCUGCUCACCCAUCGUGCGCGAGAGAGCAGGAGCCUACCCGGUGAUGGACAGUGCGCGGGUGGGCUUGGUUUCGCACUGGGGCCAUGGCCAGCUCUGAUCCGGGCUGCCAUUUGGUUCUCAAAGUUUAUGGGACUGAAUAAUACUGUCCCACACUGACCCAAAGCUAUUGGUAACACCCCCUGUGCACACAUUGCUGGGGAGUCGUGCUGGGUUGCCCACACCCUUGCAGCAAGGUUCACCUCUGACCACACCGGGAUGCCGGUCCAGCGCUGGCAGUGCCAACCAGGGGGGUGCCACCCUGCUCCGAGGUAGGCUGCUCUGGACAGGUGCAUUUUCUCUGUCUUGCUUCAUGUGAGACUCGGUCAUUUUCUGGGAUGAAAUAACUGUCCUCGCUCCAGUUGCGCUGGCGACGACGGCAGAGCGGUGAUGAAGGAAAGGCUGACACAGAGCUGAAAUAAAAGCAAUGGAAGAGUU